GGGCUGCUCUCUGGCUGAAAGGCUUGGCGAGUGUCUGGUCACCUGAUGGGGCCGUGGGGGCCCCCGGGAUGUGUAGUCCGCAGGAAUCCGGCAUGAACGCGGCGAGCGUGAGGAUGGUGACCCGCAGCAGGAGCCGGGGACCCGGGGCCGGUCCGCACAGGGUUGGGGAGAAGGCCGCGCCGCUCAGGAGGGGAGAGGCGGCUGCAGAAGGCCGGAAAAGCUACAACCCUGUGAAGCGUCAGCAGAAGGCACAGAGACUGAAAGUGGCCUAUGAGGCCUCAGAAGGUGAGAAAGGAGACGGGGCUGAGCACCUCCAGGCACCAGCCUGGGAACCUCAGGACUGGCGGCAGCAGCUGGAGAACAUCCGAACCAUGAGGAGCGGGAAGGAUGCGCCUGUGGACCAGCUGGGGGCUGAGCACUGCUAUGACUCCAGUGCACCCCCAAAGGUGCGGAGGUACCAGGUGCUGCUGUCACUGAUGCUCUCCAGCCAGACCAAGGACCAGGUGACAGCGGGCGCCAUGCAGCGGCUGCGGGCCCAGGGCCUGACGGUGGACAGCAUCCUGCAGAUGGAUGACAGCACGCUGGGCAUGCUCAUCUACCCCGUGGGCUUCUGGAGGAACAAGGUGAAGUACAUCAAGCAGACCAGUGCUAUUCUGCAGCAGCGCUACGAUGGGGACAUUCCAGCCUCCGUGGCAGAACUGGUGGCACUGCCAGGCGUCGGGCCCAAGAUGGCACACUUGGCCAUGGCGGUGGCCUGGGGCACCGUGUCAGGCAUUGCAGUGGACACACACGUGCACAGAAUUGCCAACCGACUCAGGUGGACCAAGAAGGUGGCCAAGUCCCCAGAGGAGACCCGCAGGGCGCUGGAGCAGUGGCUGCCCAGGGAGCUGUGGCGCGAGAUCAACGGACUGCUGGUGGGCUUCGGCCAGCAGACUUGCCUGCCUGUCCACCCACGCUGCCAGGCCUGUCUCAACCAGGCCCUGUGCCCAGCUGCACGUGGACUCUGAGGGCCUGGGGCCUCUGCCCGCCGCCACCCUGGCCACUGCCUGUUGGUGCCUUUGCUGGGGAGCCGUAGCCUGUUUAUAAUAAAGCUUGGGGGUUGUUUGUA